CUCAGCUUCCGGCGAAAUCCACCUUCAAUACCAUCCGAUCGGGUCACAGUCGGCUUUGGUUUUUCUGAGAGCAGAAAUUUGAUUGAGUUACUGGGUUUUGGUUUCUAGCUGUGGUUACUGAUUCAAUCGCCAUGAGUUUUAACUCCGGAAAGGGAAAUACUCCCGCAGGGUCCUCAGGGGCUAGUGUGGCUGAUGAUGAGCCUAAUGAGUAUUCCAUUUUGAAUCUAGAUCUGGACAAGUUCACUUCUGAAGAAGAAGUCUCCCGUCUAUUUCAAAUGUGGAAGAAGGAGAUGAAACGAGAGUAUCAAACCCAAGAAGAGGAGUCACAAAAGUUUGAGGUUUUCAAAAGUAAUUUGAAGUAUAUCAAGGAGAAAAAUGCAAAAAGAGAGUCACCCAAUGACUGCAAGUUGGGUUUGAACCAAUUUUCAGAUAUGAGUUAUGAAGAGUUCAGCAAAACUUACUUGCAUGAGACAGAUGCACCCCCUUCUUGGGGAGCUGUAACUCACGUAAUAAGGCGCUAAUAAAUAAACCCAAGGAUCACAUGUUGGACGUUUGUAAGUCUUGUACACUUCUAGUGUAUGUGUUUUAUGUAAAGAAAUGGCAAAUGAUUUGCCUUUGAAAUAAAGAUUGUGCGUUUUCAUUA